GAGAAGGCGAGGAGAGAACGGCGAGGAAGAGAGAGUGCAGAAGGAAGCGCGAGCGAGAGAGAAAAUCAGAGGGAAAAUAGUUGCAGAGGAUCUUCUUCUUUCUCGUUCAGGGAGGAUAAAAGGUCCGCCAUUGUUACCCCUCUGCAACAACAUUUCCCAUUUGAGACACCUUCUUCCAUUUCCUCCUCAUACACCAGAUACAGUUUUAUCACCGCGAUUUCCGUACAGUCGGAGCGACAUUGUCGUCCUCUUACGUGUGCUGCUGCAGCUCCGAAAUUUGAAAAACCGAUAAUUUGGGCACACAUUGGUGGAUUUUCUUCGUACGGUUCCCUCUGAAGUGAAGAAUCCAUGGUUUUUUCGGCAUUGGGUCGUGGCCGUUGCUGAGGGAUUCUAGGGUUUUGGGAGCUCGGCCUCGGAUCUGAAUCUAAUCAGAUUUUUCGUCCGCAAUGGCUGCCAAUGUCAAUUUGGCAGUAGGAUCUCAUGUUUGGGUCGAGGAUUCUGAGAAAGCCUGGAUUGAUGGCGAAGUUGUAGGAGUCAAUGAUGAAGAGAUUGAAAUAAACUGUACAUCAGGGAAGACGGUUACAGCCAAAGCAUCCAGUGUCUACCCAAAGGAUCCUGAAUUUCCUCAAUGUGGUGUAGAUGAUAUGACUAAGUUGGCUUAUCUGCAUGAACCAGGGGUUUUGCAGAAUUUAAAAAGUAGAUACUGUGUAAACGAAAUAUAUACUUAUACAGGAAGUAUAUUGAUAGCUGUGAAUCCCUUCCGGAGACUACCUCAUUUAUAUGAUAAUCAUAUGAUGGAACAGUAUAAAGGUGUGGCUUUAGGUGAGCUGAGCCCACACCCUUUUGCUAUUGCUGAUGCUGCCUAUAGACAGAUGAUUAACGAGGGAAUAAGCCAGGCAAUUUUGGUCAGUGGGGAAAGUGGAGCCGGGAAAACAGAGAGUACAAAGAUGCUUAUGCGUUAUCUUGCCUAUAUGGGUGGAAGAGCUGUAUCUGAGGGGCGGUCUGUGGAACAGCAAGUCUUGGAGUCUAACCCUGUUCUUGAAGCAUUUGGUAAUGCAAAGACUGUCCGAAACAAUAAUUCCAGUCGUUUUGGUAAGUUCGUGGAGAUUCAGUUUGAUCAAACAGGGAGAAUCUCAGGAGCUGCCAUUAGAACUUAUUUAUUGGAGCGAUCCAGAGUUUGUCAAGUAUCUGAUCCAGAGAGAAAUUACCAUUGCUUUUAUAUGCUCUGUUCUGCACCUCCAGAGGAUGUUGAGAAGUACAAAUUGGGAAAUCCGAGAACAUUUCAUUAUUUAAAUCAGUCCAACUGCUAUGAGCUGGAUGGGGUGGACGAUUCAGAGGAGUAUCUCACAACUAGGAAAGCUAUGGAUGUGGUUGGGAUAAGUUCUGAGGAGCAGGAUGGAAUAUUUCGAGUUGUAGCUGCAAUACUUCAUUUAGGCAACGUUAACUUUGCAAAGGGGAAUGAAUCUGAUUCUUCUGAACCCAAGGAUGAUAACUCUCGGUUCCAUCUCAAAACUGCUGCUGAACUUUUCAUGUGUGAUGAGCAAUCUCUUGAAGAUUCUCUGUGCAAACGUGUGAUGGUGACCCGUGAUGAGACCAUAAAGAAAAGCUUAGAUCCAGAUUCCGCAGCCAUCAGUAGAGAUGCAUUGGCCAAAAUUGUUUAUUCAAGGUUAUUUGAUUGGCUUGUGAACAAGAUAAACAACACUAUUGGUCAGGAUCCUGAUUCAAAAUAUUUGAUUGGAGUUCUGGAUAUUUAUGGAUUCGAGAGUUUCAAGACAAACAGCUUUGAGCAAUUUUGUAUCAAUUUGACAAAUGAAAAAUUGCAGCAGCAUUUCAACCAGCAUGUGUUCAAGAUGGAGCAAGAAGAAUAUACUAAAGAAGAAAUUGAUUGGAGUUACAUAGAGUUCAUCGAUAAUCAGGAUGUUCUUGAUCUCAUUGAAAAGAAGCCCGGUGGCAUCUUUGCUCUUCUGGAUGAGGCUUGUAUGUUCCCGAGAUCAACCCAUGAAACAUUUUCACAGAAGCUUUAUCAAACUUUUAAAGACCAUAAACGUUUUAACAAGCCAAAAUUGUCGCCUACCGACUUUACCAUUUGCCAUUAUGCCGGUGAUGUUACUUAUCAAACAGAGUUCUUCCUGGAUAAGAACAAAGAUUAUGUUGUUGCAGAGCAUCAAGCACUCCUUAGUGCCUCCAAAUGCCCUUUUGUUUCAGGCUUGUUCCCUCCUUUACCCGAAGAAUCUGCCAAACAAUCAAAGUUCUCAUCAAUAGGUUCUCGAUUCAAGGUCCCUUUCUGUUCCAAAUUUCUAAUUAAGCUUAUGCUCACUGAUCAGUUAAAUUUUGUUUAUGUUCCUUUUGUUUUUAUUCUUUGUCAUCUUCUUGAACAGCAACAACUGCAAUCAUUGCUUGAAACGCUAAGUGCCAUUGAGCCUCACUACAUACGCUGUGUAAAGCCAAAUAAUCAACUCAAACCUGCCAUAUUUGAAAAUAGCGCUGUUUUACAGCAGCUUUGCUGUGGGGGAGUAAUGGAGGCCAUUCGGAUUAGUUGUGCUGGAUAUCCAACUAGAAAGACCUUUGGAGAAUUUACAAGUCGUUUUAAAAUUCUGGCACCUGAGGUUCUAAAUGGAAGCGUUGAUGAGGUCACUGCAUGCAAGAAGCUAUUACAAAAGGUCAACCUCAAGGGAUAUCAGGUUGGGAAAACAAAAGUGUUCCUCAGGGCUGGUCAAAUGGCAGAACUAGAUGCAUAUAGAAGUGAGGUAUUGGGAAGAUCGGCUAGUGUUAUCCAGAGAAAAGUUCGCUCCUACCUAUGUCGCAAAAAAUUUGUCUUGUUGCGGUUGUCUGCCAUCCAAAUCCAAGGCUUAUGUAGAGGACAAGUUGCACGCCACCGAUAUGAAAACAUGAGAAGGGAAGCUGCUUCUGUGAUUAUCCAGAAAUAUGGUCGCUCGUAUCUUUCUAGGAAUGGUUAUAAAAACUUGUGCUCUUCAGCUGUGUCUAUUCAAAUUGGUAUGCGCGGGUUGGCUGCUCGUAAGGAGCUUAGUUCCAGGAAGAAAACAAGGGCUGCAACUGUGAUACAGAGUCAUUGCCGGAAACACUUAGCACAUGCUCAUUAUUUGAGGAUGAAGAAUGCAGCUAUUGCCAUACAAUGUGGUUGGAGACGAGUAGUUGCUCGUAGAGAGUUGCGGAGGCUAAAGAUGGCUGCUAAGGAAACUGGUGCUCUCCAAGAAGCCAAAAAUAAGUUGGAAAAGGAAGUUGAAGAGCUAACCUGGCGCCUGCAACUGGAGAAGCGAAUGAGGGCUGAUAUGGAAGAGGCCAAAACAAAGGAAAAUGCGAAGUUGCAGUCUGCUUUGAAAGAGAUGCAACUUGAAUUUCAAGAAACUAAAUCCCUGCUUAUGAAGGAACGUGAGGCUGCAGCAAAAGCAUCAGAGGAGGCAGCAAAAGCGGCUGAGGCUGCAGCAAAAGUAGCUGAACAAAUGCCAGUCGUACAGGAGAUUUCAGUUGUGGAUCAGGAAAUAGUCAAUAAGCUUACUGCCGAAAAUGAGCAGCUUAAGGCCCUGGUGGAUUCACUGGAAAAGAAGAUUGAUGAAACAGAGAAAAAGUUUGAAGAAACAAGCAGGCUUAGUGAACAGCGGCUCAAGCAGGCUACGGAGGCAGAAUCGAAGAUAAUUGAUUUGAAGACUGCCAUGCAGAGGCUAGAAGAAAAACUUUCUGACAUAGAAACCGAGGACCAUAUUUUGCGUCAGCAAGCAUUAAAGAUGUCAGCUUCUAUGAAAAUGUCAGAGCAUUUGGCUGGAGCACCAGCUCAGCCUUUGGGGAAUGGUCAUCAUGAACCACUGAGAACUACACCGUCCAAGAAAUUUGGCUCAGAGUCUUUCAGGAGAUCCCAAAUUGAAAGGCAACAUGAGGGUGUAGAUACUCUUAUGAAAUUAGUGACAGGUAAUCUUGGAUUCAGUGAAGGAAAGCCAGUUGCAGCAAUAACAACAUACAAAUGUCUUCUGCACUGGAGAUUAUUUGAAGCGGAAAAAACUAGUGUAUUUGACCGACUUAUUCAGAUAAUUGGUUCUGCAAUUGAGGACCAGGAUAACAUUGAUCAUAUGGCUUAUUGGCUUUCCAAUACAUCUACAUUGUUGUUCUUGCUCCAGCGGAGCUUAAGAACUGCUCCACGAAAGCCUCCUACCCCCACAUCUUUAUUUGGAAGGAUGACCCAAGGCUUCCGAUCUUCUUCUGCCAAUCUUUCAGUUGGUGCUUCUGAUUUAGUACGUCAGGUUGAGGCCAAGUAUCCAGCUUUGCUCUUUAAGCAGCAACUUACAGCAUAUGUGGAAAAGAUAUAUGGAAUCGUCCGAGACAAUUUGAAGAAGGAAUUGUCACUUCAUCUUUCUUCUUGCAUCCAGGCACCCAAAACGGCAAAAGGUGGUGUUUCAAAAUCACCCGAAGGAUCAACUGGGAACAGUCCUCGGGCUAAUCCUUGGAAUAGCAUCAUCGCAAAUCUUAAUGGGUUUCUCACUACAUUUAAAGAAAAUUGUGUGCCUCCAAUUAUUGUUCAGAAGAUAUUUACUCAAAUGUUCUCAUACAUCAAUGUACAGAUUUUUAAUAGCCUUCUUCUUCGUCGAGAGUGCUGCACCUUCAGCAAUGGCCAAUAUGUGAAGAAUGGGCUAGCUGAAUUGGAGCUAUGGUGUAGCCUAGCAAAAGAAGAGUAUGCUGGCUCAUCAUGGGAUGAACUCAAAUAUGUUAGGCAGGCUGUAGGAUUCUUGGUUCUACACCAAAAGUCCAGAAUCUCCUAUGAUGAACUAACAAAUGACCUAUGCCCUGUCUUGAGUGUUCAACAACUUCAUAGAGUAUGCACACUAUUUUUGGAUGAUGAUUACAACACGCAAAGUGUUUCCCCUGAUGUCAUUUCCAGCAUGAACUUUCUAAUGACAGAUGACUCCAGCAGUGAUGAUAGCAGCUCCUUCUUGCUGGAUGACAAUUCCAGCAUUCCUUUCUCGAUUGAAGAUAUAUCUAGUUCCAUGCAAGACCAGAGCUAUUCAGAUGUAAAACCUCCCGCAGAACUUUCGGAGAAUCAAGACUUCCAAUUUUUACAGGAGUAAGGCAAUCACUUCCACAAUCUUCCUCUUUGUGGUACACGUUUUUGACAAGGAUUUAACCGAAGCUUCAAUUCUUUCAACUCCUGUAAAUCCGCCCCAAAUUUUUCUCCACUUCAGGUGCUUUUCUUCAUUGUAACUUCCAUUGUCCUGGGUGUGGUAUUCUUAUUUCCAGUUAGAAUUGUAAACUUAUAUUAGGCUGGUUGGGAUGGGUGAAGGGCCAGGAUAGGUUUCAGAGUUCGCUUUCAUUUUGUAACGGGACAUCGAGGCAGCAUUCUUUAUAGGGAUGGUAGCAGGGAAGAACAGUUUGGUGGGAGGAGUUGAUCUCAAAACCACUGCUCCUGCCCCGAAUCUUCAUUUGUACAAAGUGGUAGAAUGUAUUACGGUACAAGGUAAAUAUAGUGGAUUUGCCUGAUUGCUUUGAACAAAACCUGUUGCAGACACAUGAAUGUGCUUUUAGUGUUUUUAAUAUGAAUGCUUGAUAUCAAUUCCAAUGAUUGAUACCAUGAAUCCUUAGAUUUGAAAUCAAGUGUUUUAGAGGACGGAACUCAUACAGAAUCUAGAAGUUUUGAAUUGUAAACUAAUUUUUCAG